AUGAACUCCUCGACACGCAGCCAGCUUCUUCGCAUAUGCGGAAUACCCUUCUCUCAGUCGGCUACUAGAUCUGUUGGCCCCUCAGCGCCAUCCCUUCUCCGAAAUGCUCAACCUCUAGCGGCGAAGACGACUAUUCCCAGACAGAAUGUCUUACCCUCUCUACAACGAUCUCUUUUUUCCACAUCUUCUCCCGCUCAAUCCCAAGCACCUGCCUCAGACUCAACCUCUACAACAACGCCCACUUCUUCCACCUGUCUCCCUCCGGGCAUGAGUCGUAACUUUGGCACCGUUAUUUCCGCUGGCCGCAUGCAGCACACAGUUCGCGUGGAACAAACAAGCACUAAAUUCGACAACCAUCUUCAGAAACGCUUUAUUGAGAAGAAAAUAUACAUGGUCUCUGACCCUCGCGAUUCGCUACGAGAAGGCGACAAGAUUGAAUUCUGGAGCGGACGGCGUGUGAGUGAGCAUGUCAGACAUGUCGUGGAAAGGAUUAUAGUGCCAUUUGGAACUGCAAUUGAGGACCGUCCCCCAGUUAUGACGUAUGCGGAAAGAGUGGAGGCACAGCUGAAUGCUCGGAAGAACAGAAGGCUCAGGAAACUUGGAAGAAGUACGGACGGUCAACCCGCUGAUGUCGAGGUAACUGGAGAGCUGAGAAUGGGGAAGCUCAAGCAGCGUGUUAUGAAGCGGCUGGAGGCUGAAAGGGAGAGGCAGAAACAGCUAAAUGUAUAA